GAUCUUAGUCAUUGUGUAGUGGUCGCGUAAAGUUAUACAUGUGUGUCGGUAGCUGUUGGUGACUUUUUUAAUUCUUCGUCACGGAAACCUGUAUUAAGAAAUGUCAACAAACGUAGAGAUAAAAGACGAAAGCUCCCUAAAAGGGGCGCUGCUGGAUGUCAGGAGCGACUUUUCUUCAACAAACUGGAUGUUGGCUGGCCAUUGGGAAGGCAAUCCUAAUAUUAUCCACUUCAAAGCAAGUGGCAGUGGAGGUGCAAGUGAAAUGAUUGGGAAACUAGAAGAUGGUGAAGUCAUGUAUGGCCUCGUGCGGUUAGAAGAGUUGGUUGAUAGCUAUGUGGAGAAAACUGUUAAAUUUGUAUACAUUCACUGGAUUGGAGAAAGUGUUCCAUUCACCAAAAAGGGCAAGUUUGGUGUAGUGCAUGGUAGUGUUGAGGUUCACUUUCAGCCCAGUCAUUGUGUCAUAGAAACUGGACAGAGAGCAGACUUGAGUGAGGAAGAGAUGAUGAACGUUAUUUCAGAGACCAGUGGACGAACAAACAAAGUACUUGAAGCCUCAGCUGCUGCACAAAGACAAGAUCGAGGUUUUACCAGUAGUAGUAAUGUAAUCAAAACAGGAAAGGCUCAAAAUAGCUUUCAGACACCUGGUGCAGUGGCUGUGAACAUUGAUGGAUCUUUGACUGAAGCGAUAGUUGAUGUACGAAGCGAUGAUACAGCAGUUAACUGGUGUGUUGGUUCCUAUGAAGAAAAAAAUCCCAAGAAACCCAUAGUUUUGAGUGGUAAAGGCACGGACGGGUUGGGAGGCAUCCUUCCGUUGUUGGAAAGCGAUGUUGUGGCCUAUGCUCUGCUUAGAGUGAUGGAUGUUGUUGACGAAAUAAGCACCGUCAAAUUUGUGUUUAUUACGUGGGUUGGUGAAGGCGUCAAGCCAAUGACUAAAGGAAAAAUCAGUACACACAAAUCUACUGUGGAGAAGGCAUUCCAUCCUGCACACGUGACCAUUUACGCAACAACAUUAGAAGACUUGUCAGAAAAGGAUAUCAUGUCCAAGGUUCAAAACGCAAGCGGCUCAAAGUCUCAUGUUAUGUAGUAUUAUUAAUUAUAGCGUCAAUACCGAAUUUCACGACUGUUGGUUCAGAUAAGCAAUUAUUAACUUUGAGUGAAUGAAAUUAGAAAGAUAUAGUACAAGUACAUCGUAGACUUGAACUCUUAUUAUGGUACAAGGGAGGGUGGGAGAGGAGGCUAGGGUUAUGUGCUCUCUUUUUUGGGAGUUAUGCUGAGUUUUAGUACUAAAAGAAUGACUUACUUUAAAUGGGCAGAGAUACUAGCGUUUUUAUUAUUUCGGGAUUUUACUCAAAAUUGUAAUUUUCCAAAAUGUGUGAGCAUGAGAUUUCUGGGUUGUAUCUACCUCCUUUUUAACCAUGUGUUGCACUUUGAAACUAUUGACAUUUUCUUUACUAUAGAAAAUUAACAUUAACAAAUUUUCUGGGCGGUAUUCUGGCAUUUCCGAGACUUAUGAUUGCUACAACAUUAACCAAGAGAUCAGCUUAAAAACAUAUUUUAUCAUCUUAUGUGUUGUUGUUGGUAUCUAUUGCUUAGAAUGCUGAGUUUUCCCCUCCCCCAUCCCCCCAUUCCCCAUUCUUUUUUCUUUUGUUGCCCCCCCCCCCCACUCCUCCUUCUUGUCCGUUUUAAUGCAAAAACAAAUUAUGAGCUGAAGAUGACACAGAUGUGUGUUGAUUGCCAUCUAAAAAUACAUAAGGUAGUGAUACAAUAAUGUAGUAAAAUGGUAAAAUACUUAAUAGUUUGAGUUUAUAGUGAACUGAGUGGGACACAAAAAAUGAGCAGGUGCAAGAAGAGAAUUGAACCAACCAGUAACAUGGCAAUAGUAAGAGUAACAUGGCAAUAGUCGUCCAAAUCGAUCUUGCCUUUUUAAUAUUAUUCAUUUUAACGGUUGUUUGUCGAAUAAGAAAUUCUUGUCGUAAUUUUUCUAAUGUGGAAAUUACCGAUGUGUGAUGUUUAGGAGGAUUAUACGAAUUAAAUAUUUAGGAUCACUUCUUGCAGGUUUAAAUUCUUUUUAAUAAAUAUCAAUUUCACUUUUGUUUCUA